CGGCGCGGCCUGUUCUGUCCUGUCCCGUCCCGCGGCUGCCCGGUGCCUGGCUGCGGGCUUGCGUCCGCCUCAGUGUGGCGGCCGCGGCCGGGAGCGCCCGCGGCCCGCACAAGCAGACGGCCGCCUACCGGGGCCUCCCUCAGCGUGGGCAGCUGAGCGGUGGGCAGCCGAGGCCCCCGGGAGGGGAUUCAGGCGUGGGGCCGCUCCGCGAGUGUGGACGUGGAUGUUCAGGCGUGCGCUGGCGGCGGUAACGGCUUCGCUUCCAAGUUCUCCGAGUAAGCAAAAACUACCGGAGCCGCUCAGAGGGAAUAUAUGAAGGAGGAGGUGGAGGAGUCUGCUGAAGAUGAGGCGACUGAAUCGGAAGAAGACCUUGAAUUUGAUGAAAGAAUUGGAUGCAUUUCCAAAGGUUCCUGAAAGCUAUGUGGAAACUUCAGCGAGUGGAGGCACAGUUUCCCUGAUAGCAUUUACAACGAUAGCUUUCCUGACUAUAAUGGAGUUCACGGUGUAUCAGGACACGUGGAUGAAAUAUGAAUAUGAAGUAGACAAGGAUUUUACUAGUAAGUUAAGAAUCAAUAUUGAUAUUACAGUUGCCAUGAGGUGUCAAUAUGUGGGGGCUGAUGUUCUGGAUUUAGCAGAAACAAUGGUCGCCUCUGCAGAUGGGCUAAUCUAUGAACCAGUAGUAUUUGAUCUCAGCCCACAACAAAAAGAAUGGCAAAGGAUGCUGCAGCUAAUUCAGAGUAGGCUGCAGGAAGAACACUCUCUUCAAGAUGUGAUAUUCAAAAGUGCUUUUAAAAGUGCUUCUACAGCACUGCCACCACGGGAAGAUAAUUCAUUACAGUCUCCAGAUGCAUGCAGAAUUCAUGGUCAUCUCUAUGUCAAUAAAGUGGCAGGGAACUUUCACAUAACUGUGGGCAAGGCAAUACCACACCCUCGAGGCCACGCGCACUUGGCAGCCCUUGUAAGCCACGAGUCCUAUAACUUCUCUCAUAGAAUAGAUCAUUUGUCAUUUGGAGAGCUUAUUCCAGGAAUUAUUAAUCCUUUGGAUGGAACAGAAAAAAUAGCAUCAGAUCACAACCAGAUGUUCCAAUAUUUUAUCACAGUUGUGCCAACCAAACUCCAUACAUACAAAAUUUCAGCAGAAACUCAUCAAUUUUCAGUGACAGAAAGGGAAAGAGUAAUUAACCACGCAGCUGGCAGCCAUGGGGUGUCAGGAAUAUUCAUGAAAUAUGACAUCAGUUCACUUAUGGUGACGGUGACAGAAGAACACAUGCCUUUUUGGCAGUUCUUAGUGAGGCUCUGUGGCAUUAUUGGGGGAAUUUUUUCAACUACAGGAGUUUUACAUGGCUUUGGAAGAUAUAUAGCAGAAGUUAUUUUUUGCCGUUUCAGACUGGGCUCUUACAGAUCCACAUCGGUCCCACUUCCUGAUGGCCACACAAGCAACCACUUACCUCUAAUUACAGACAAUAGUACGCAUUAGCCUCCUGAGAAAACUUUCUUCCUGCCUGAUACAGAAGACAUUUUUUUAUAAUAAAGAAAACGUUGUGCAAUAUGCUGAGACAGUGCUGACGGGCAGCAAAAAAUGAAGCCUUUACAAAAAAAAAAAAGCCCCACAAAACAAUUUGUGUAAUUUUUUUGUCUUUCUGUGUGCACACGGAGUCAUAGGAGGUUGUGAGGCCAGUGAGAUGGACCAUCUUCUGGAGAUUCAAGAAGCAUUGCUGUCAGUACAGUGUUCAUGGUCGAGCUGAACAUCUUUGUGAUGACUGCCACUGACCACUGAAGCGUCUUCAUGAUCUUAGUUCCGUACCUGGGAAGGCCAGCAGACUCCAAGGAGAAAAGAGUACAACUGGGAUGUAUGGAAGGGCCGGGCAGCAGGCAAAGAGCGACAGCGCUGGAGCUGGAGCUUGAGCUUCUCUUGGGUGUACAAACUGGGGUUUGGGUUUUCUUGUUCUUUUGUAAUGGUGGGGCUGGGGGUAAGAUGCUAUUCUUACUGGUGGGGAGCAAGCCUAGAAAAUCCUGAAGAAGACGGGAGAUGAGAGAGAACUCAGGGAGUAAGGUGGAGCCCAAGCCAUAAUGUUGGUCAUAGCUGCUGCCUCUCUGUAGUCCCACCGUUCCUUAGUGGAAGAAACAUAAUGUGGAGCAGGGGGGUUCUUCUGUGUUUUCAUGCAGCUGGUUCACCAACAGUGAGAAUCACUUCUGGUGUGGAAGUGCCCAAGGACUCUGAGAACAGGCUCCAAUGUGCACAGUUUUUUGAGCUGGAAUAGGAACUUGCCUUUUGAAUAAGGCAUUUGACUGUAGUUUUGAUAAUAAUGCAAGACUCCCUACCAAAAGAUCAGAAAAUCUCUUUGUACGCCUCUUUCUUGGUAAAGAAAUUGCUUUGAUGCAACCUUUGUUGUACCCCUGCUGCUAGUAUGUAAGCCGUGGUAUGUAAAUCCAUCGUGGAGAUGAGGAGGAAGAAGAGGAAGAAGCUGCUUUGCUUUGGUUCAGCUAAAUACUGCAGAGAUGUGAAAUUCGGGGCAGCUGGCAGGUCUGUGAGCCCGGGCAGUGACUGGUGGAGUUGGUGGUAGCAGGUGACUUCGGGGAAUCUGAAUCAUUUUGCUGCAGACAGAUGAUAAGGGAUCUGCAGAAUUAAUCCUUAUUGUUCAUGAAGAUUUUUGUAAAAUAAAUGGAGAGCAGUGUCAGUUUUAUAUUGUAAAUAUGCUACUGAGAAUGAAUGUUAUUAAUGCAGGUGGUGCUUUGAGAAACAACAUCCUCUUACUGCUGAACUACUGGCUUGCACCUGUGGUUAAACAGUUACUCCACCAGGGUAAAAAAAUUAGUAAUAUGAUUCCUUUUCAGCAAAACUGAUUUAAUGAUUUAUUAGGAGAUGAUGCUGACCUUGGCCUUCCAAUGGAAUGAAUAUUAUUAUUGAGAGGACUAACUAUGGAAAAAUAAAAAUCUCUGUGGUGGUGUCAGAUUUUGCUGACUUCUGUUAAUGAACGUGACAGGACACUUGGAUCUUUGUGGUGAGCACAGUGUAAAUAAUACAACUGAUUUGCUAUGCAAAGCAGAGGGCUUCUGAAACAGAAAUUAUAUGAAAUAGUAAAUGAAGUGUGGGGCACACGGAAAGACUUCUGUUCACUUCAACUGUUGAGAAAGACAGAAGUUCAAGGAAGCCAGGUCCUUGGGGUUGACAGACAGGUUUGGGGUGUUCUCUUUUGUGUUUGUUUUUUGUUUUGGUUUUUUUAACACUGAUUUAAACUCCAGCAACUUGAGAAACUCUUGUCCUCAGUGAGCAAGAAAAUCAAAAGCUGUAAAUUUUUGGUUCCCAUUUUUCUUUGGCACUGCCCUCUGAGGUUUCUUCCCUACUUCUGCUCGGACGGGUUCUGCUUUGGGCUUUGUCCUGCCAUUUGUUUCUUAUCUGCCUGGAACAGACUGUACUUGUGGGAGAUACUGAUCUCCAUUGACUUUCUGUACCAGAACUUAAAUGUUAUUUUCUAUUCUCACAUAAAAGAGCCAAGCAGCUUGGUGUGUCUUAAAUCCUUGUGUGGUGCAUUUGUGUUCUGCCUAGAGCAAAGCUUGUGUGAUGGCUGGUUGCUAAUGGAAGAAAAUUGAGGAUCAACUUCCAGAUGUGAGAUGCCGCACUGUGCAGUGAAUACGGGGUCAGUUGAACGUGUGUUUCUGUGAGAGGGUUUGGUUGUUACAGGUAAUACCACUUCAGCCUUGUACCACACGUCGUAUUUAGCUUAACCAGCACUGCAAGAGUGUUCCAGAGAAAAUAGUAGUUUAUUGCAAUGAUUUUUUUUUGGCCACAUUUACUUAUGUUGUGGGCAAAAAGUUAAUGUGUAGUAUGGAAACAUGAAAGGAGCAGGCGUCCCAAGGGAAAUAGAAACCUUGAUGCUGAUGUGAUGUGUGUUUUUUGAAAGGAGUAUAGCAGGUGAAAAAUACCAUUUUCUAGGUCAAGAAAGAUGGUCAAAAUUAUGUAUUUUUAUCUUUGGCUUUUACACAAUGUUGAAGAAAGAACAGAGACAUUUUUCACCUUUGUAUGGUACGUUCCUAGCAGGCCACUUGCAGAUGACUCUGGCUCCCCUGUCCCCCUCAGCUGUCUCUCUGGACAAAAAAUGUUCCCGGUUUCCAGCUGUCAUGGUUUGGCCUUCGCUCCACUGCCGCCACGCUCCCACGGGCUGUAAGCUGUGUUGGCAGGAGCAGUCACCUUGACUGCCGCCGAGAACUGGAGUGCUGUGCCUGGAUGUGGCUGCCCCAGGUCCCUUGAGCUGUACCCCAGCAGUAAGGGUGCUCGCUCGCUUUACGGUACAGCGGAAGAUGGGAUGAGGUGUUUUGGUGGGUAGGGGAGGCGGUGCAGAGCAUCGUCAGGUUUUGGGGCUCUUGCUGGCAGGGAGGUGAGGAAGAAAUGCACGUGUGUCUGUAGCAGGAGAGGGGUUGGGUUAACCAGUGUAGCAGACUCUCUUUAAAAAAGCAAAACCAAGCUGCUCUUCCCGCCCCUGAAAUUCUCAUCCUAGAAAUAGGUGGGUAAUUUGAAUUUGAAAGAAAAUUCAGCUCUUUUUAUCCCAAAAGCACCUCGGAGGGGACCAGCGCUGUUGCUGCGGUGCCCAGCCUUUCUCUGCAGCUGCCGGCUCUGCCCUGGGUACCUGUCUGAGUCCAUGGGGUGGCCCAUGGCAGGACAGGGACAUGUGCUGUGCUUGUGGAGUCAGUCCUGCCCGGAGCUGGGCAAGGGCUCUCCCUCCUCUGCCCUGCGCUGCCCAGGAUGCUCCUUUUCAGGGACUGGUGUGACAAACUGGGCCCUAAGCAGUCAGCGCAGUUGCUUAGGAACAGAGGCAGAUAUAUCUUUGGUAUAAAUGUAGCUGCGAUUAACUGUUCAGACAAAACCAAGGUCAGGGAGGCAGCUGUGGACUUGUCAUUGUGUUACCUAGUUCUGCGGUAAGAAGCUCCAGCACUAAGCACGUCUUGUAUUACGUGUUACUGAUGCUACUUGAAGCAGGAGGGAUGUGGUCACCUUGGUCACAUCUCCAGUGACAUUGAUGAUACUAAAAUUCUCUGCUCUCUAUUUCUUCAGAGGUAACCAAGUGCCACAGCUUUUUUCUGGGAAGAUGGGAAAUGAGAACAGCUUGUUUGGGGAUACUUGCAAAGAUCUCCAUCUGUUCUUUAAAAGGCACCCCAGAAGGUGGGGGUGUCAGAGGAUACAUCCACUAUACACAUCACUUACUCAGAUUGGUGCUUAGUUGCAAAGUUACUUCUUGUAAAGACACUUUUUUUGUAUAUCAACUCAGUUAAUGCAAAUCAUGUCUAGCAUUUGGCCUUGGUGGUGGUCUGUUGUUUAGAGAAAAUAUCCUUGCCUGCACAUAUAGUUAAUGUAUAGUAGUUAAUGCUUCAAGAAGCCUUAAAGUAUUCUGCCUGCCGCCUUCGGUCCCUGGCAAAGGUUUCGUGUUGUACAUCUGUGCACCUUCUGCCCUUGCACACCUCGCUAGAGCGCUGGCGUGCAUUUCAGCUGUUUUAGUUAAAAUGAUGUGAAGUGCUUCAUCUUGUCCUUCUGCCAUGGCUUAGUGUCCUUUCCAAAGCAUCUCUGGUUGCUGCUGGCCCAGGAGCAAGGCAGUGUCACCUUUUCUGUCUUACAGAAGAGUUUUCUGAGAGCUGGUCCAUAAAUUCAUUAAAGCAGAAACCUUUAAGGCUGGGUGGUGCAGCAGGCUUUCUGUGCGGGAGAGGCGAAGGCACGCGAACACAAGCCUCUCCCUGGCUUUGAUGUACCAGAAUUCAAGCAAAAUCUCAUUGCGGCUUGUUUGUUUUAUUUUUUUUAUUUUGUGUAUAUAAAUAGAAAUGUUCAGAGUCCUGAGACCAGCAGCUUGAGAUAUGAAAAGCAGGCAGCCAGGCUGGGUUGUGUUCAGGAUGCUGGUGUGGCCUGUGGGCAGGAGGUGAUUGCAGACAAUGACGGGUGGCUGAGGGUGAGCAGAGUUCCUCCAGGCUGCCGGGACAUGUCUCCACCUGCACUAUCAUGGAGCACUUCUCUGAGCGAGGGCCAUGUGCUCCCCUGCCCGUACCAAGCCCAAAAGCCGUUCCUGGGACCCUCACUGUGGGCAAAGCGAGCCGGCGGGUGGCUGCAUGUUGCUGUGGGAACACACUGCCCCAUGGCACAUGGGUUUGCCAGAGCUUCUGCUGGAGCCGGGGAGCUCCCUGCCUUCGUCCUGUCACUUCUCCAGGGUGGAGAACGAUGAGUCCUCGGGUGAAACCAGGACACUGGUAUUUGUCUUUCAGUGGCGAUGGAGCAAUGAGUAGCAACAGCAAUUUUGCACUUUGCUCUCCUGAUGUCUUGGAGAUGGCUGUGUGGAAGGGGGGAGCGGUGCUGGUCAAAGCCCAAAGGGCUUUUAAACUAAAAAGCAAAGUUCAUCCAGGAUAAAGCCUUUGACUGGAGAAAAAUGGUUAGCUGAGAUGGAGCAGAACUAAAAAGGGUUCCCUGCCUGCAGGCUCCCAGCUCCAGGCCUGGAUUUAGGCAAGCUGGUGUCUUUCUGACCUCCCCCAGGAGGGUCUGUCCCUGCUCCUCUCCCAGUCCCAGGCCACCAGCAUCCUCUCAGCAGGAGCCUCCCCCUGCACCCAUCUGCGUGCCGCUCUGCCACGUGCUCCCCGUGGUGCAAGUUGCACCACGGAGUGAUGGGGUGUCUUGCAGGGCUGCCCAGCCUGGGCACACACGUGCUGGGAACUUGCAGGACCUUGGAACUGCAGGCACUGAAUGGGGCUUUCUUCUUUCUUUUAUUUUUUUUUCCCCCCAGGUCCAGCAAUGGGUAUUUCAGACUCUUCCAGCAGGACUCAUUGCUCUGCACCAGCUGCUUCUAAGCCCCAGCAGAGCCCAGGUGUUUGUGUCCCUUCCUGGGUUUAGCUGUAAUAGCUGCAAAACUGGGAAUUGACUGUUUUGUUGGUUUGUGGUUUUUUUUCCUUGCAAGCUUUCCUGUAAUCACAACUAACAAGGUGGGAGCAUGUUUUGCCAUGAGAUUUUCCAGUUGCAGAGUGCUCAGCACAUACUGCUAUUUUGGAGGUGAACAAAAAAAAUGGGCAGGGGGGAGGCAAGUUUUGACACUCGGAUAAUAUUUGAAAAUUACUGUUUACUGAAGCUGAAUUACUGGCUGGUAAUAAUUAAAAGUGAGUAUCUACAACUGUGGCAUUUGAACUGAGCAGCCCAGGCCUCCGGCUCUCUGCCCGUUAGGGGCUGCUGUUGCUCCGCUUCAGCCAGGAACGUGGGCUCUAGCGGGGGACGCUUCUUCAGAGUUUAGAAAUUCACUUUUCGAAUGUUGAACUUCUUUGGGCUAAUAGGAAACUCAUUAAACCUUUACUUGUGCGCAUGCGAUUUAACAGCAUCUUUUGAGUUUUGCCUAAAGCUAGAAAUGUUAGAUUAAUGUGAAAGAGUUGUUGCCAUAGCAGUCUGCGGAGGCACGUGGAGAGGGGAACGUCUUUAUUGCCACAGGGGGAGUGGAUGGGCUUUUGGUCCUCUCGCAGCAGCACCCAGAGAGCCUGGCCGGGGUGGAGAAGGGGUCAGCCCCAUUGCGUGCGUGGUUUCCCCGCAGAGAGGAGGGCUGGGGGAGCUUGUCCCAACAUCUGAGGUGGUCUCCCUUGGUCCUGGAAGAUGAACCAUGGGUGCAAAUGGAGCACACUAGGGUUAGCAUCCACUUAGUCAAGCCCCAGGGCAUCAGCCCAGCUCUUCUUGCUUUGCCGACCCGUGGACAUAGCUCGGCACAGUACUAGGUUUCAGAGCAGGGGGCUUCAAAAUGGCAAAAUUCACCUGAUUUUUAUGUGAGUGUUCAUCAGGAAAUGCAUAUGAUAACGUAAGAAAAUCACUAGUGCGUAGAACUGGCUUUCCUGUACGUUUGUGUGAGGUCUCACCCCAACCCAGUGGGGUUCAGUGGCAUCUCCCCGGCCGACGUUCGCAGGCCUGUUGCCUCCCGGCCCUGAUGAGAGGCGUGGGGGCAGCCAUGGGCAGGAUGGGCUCAUUUCAUGGGCUGGUGCGCCUCCUCGGGAGGAAGGCGCCAGGGGGACGGACGCUGGCAGAAGCUGCUGGUUUUGGCUGCCCUGUGUCUUGCCAGCCCCCAGAAACGUUAUUGCACCAGGGCGGGCGGCUGGGUUUGAUGUCCCUCGGCCCUGCGCGGCCUUUACAGCUCCUCUCUGGGCUGCUGCGGACUUGGUCAGUGAGCAGCAGUGAAGGAGGGGAGCGGUGCUGGGGGCCAGGCGGUGCUAGGGAUGGCCCUGGGGGAGCAGCCAUUGCCACAGCAAAGUGACCCGGCCUCUGCAAACAUUGCUGCUGCUCUUCCAAGGGCAAGCAGCUCUGCGGCUUUUUUUUAAAUUUAUUUACUGUGACCUCUGAUGGUAACGGUGCAAAGCCAAGGUUUCUGAGCCUCAGCCUUAGCUCAGUAGGUUUAAAGUCCAAAUUGCAGAGCCCAGGAGCGCAGUGGGUGGAGGCAGGGACGGAUGGUUCUUGCUGCGUCCCAGAGAACAGAUGUUUUCAAGGCAACCGCUGAGGCGUCAAGGCAACCGCUGAGGCGUCAAGGCAAGAAAAAGCAGAACUGAGCAUCGAUGAACUAAAGUUAAUGUAAUUGCUGCGCAAAGAGCUGGGUACUUCUGUUGCCACACUAUGAUUUUCUCUCUACAACAUAACGGCUUGUCCUGCCGUGCUGUUCUCUCUUGGCUGACGGUCCUGCGUGGGCUGGGCUCUGCAGGAGCUGACAAAACUUGGAGCAGGGGCAGAGGAGGCGAUGCCGGAGGUGUGUGACCCUGAGCUGAGUCACUGCACUCCUGUCACCAUGUCGGGGAGGAAUCGCUGUGAGGAGCGAGGAGUGUUACUGCGGUGGCUACAGCCACAGGCGCUGCCGUCUUCAUACAGAACCUGCACAGCUCACCAAACCGCCGAAGAACGUUCUUCAAGGUAUCUGAAGAGUUCAUCAUAAAAUGCAUCAUGUGUCGUGCUCGCUGCAGGCAGAUGGGUUUGGUUGUUGAGUGGUGGUAAUGACAACUGCCCAUGGUUGGGGAUCACACGAGGCGGCCUUGCUCUCCAUCCUCCAUUGCACCUCCCCCUUUUGCCCCCAAGUGGUAGAUAAAGAAGUAACAGGAAGAUAAUAAGGGACACAAGAGGAAGUACGAGAUUUUGGAGUAAGAGGAAUGCCAGGAUCUAACAUAGAAAGUACGUGAAAUCAGUCUGUAAACAAAUUACACAGUGGGAUUAACCAGGAACUGCUUGUAAAAGAGAUAAAAUUAAUGCACAGAUGAACCAGCUCUAUGUCAAAGCAAGCAACCACUAAAAAGAAUGAUGCUGAUUAAAGUCAAUAACACAGGAGGGGAGAGAUACUUAAAAUAAAAUUGGUAUCUAGUCAAGCA